AUGUUCUCCUGCCAUUAUGAUGGCUGUGAUUCAGAUAGUGAAAGCGUGAGUAGUGAGAGCGAUGAGAAUCCUAUUGAGUGUGCCAAAUCGAAAAUCGAAGCAAGGAAAUUCGAGGACCUAAUGAAUGCUGAGUUGGACGCAACGGCUGUUCAUUUUUCUUUGCCUAAAUCCAAUAACAAUAUAAGCAAGCAUGUUCGUUUCUCUCAAAAAUCAGAUGAUGAAAAAGGCGAAGAUGAUCAGGAUGAUUUACUCUACGAUGAAACAGAAGAUGAUUCAAACUCUAAGUGGAUGAUUGAAAAUCUUCCCGGGGGGUUGGAAAAGAAGUCAGAUGCUGUCCUCAAUUGUCCAUGUUGCAUGACAGUGUUGGCGGUCAAUUGUCACCGACAUCCCAGAUUUCGAACAAAAUACACCUCAGAAUUUCCCGUCAAUUGUGUCGUGGACGAGAGCGAGGCUGUGCCGAAUUCUCAACCUGCUAAGAACAAGCGAAGAAAAUGCGAUUCCGCUCAACUACACUCUCGGUCGACCGACCGCCUCCAGACAUAUUACGCAGUCAAAUGUGAUAUAUGUGGUGUCGUUGUUGGCACAAAACUGAACACGAGCAAUGUGAUACAGUUUUCACAUGUUCUUGCAAGUCACACAUGA